AGGAGGAGGAAGAGGAGGAAGUCACCGAACCGCCGGAAAGGACCUGGUGAGGAAGAUCCCACUCGACGUGGACCAGUUGGAGAGUUUUCUGCUUGCGAACUCUUGUGGCGUGAGUGCAACAGACAGCUGGAGCCCUGACGCACGGAGCCACGCGGCUGCGCGUUCCAACCGAAAGUAAAGUAAAGUAAAGGGGGGGUGGUGGUGGUUGCUGGGACCAUGGCGGACAGCAUGGAUGAAGACGUGUCGGAGAGCGUCCCGCUGCGGUUGGACCUCACCUGUCCCGUGUGCCGGGACGUGUUCCGGGACCCCGCGCUGCUGCCCUGCACCCACAGCUUCUGCCGCGAGUGUCUGCGGCGUUGCUCUCGGGUGAGCCGGAAGUGCCCCGUGUGCCGCGAGGCGUUCGAGGAGGCGCAGGCCAUCUCCAACCGCGCGCUCGGCGACGCGUGCGACACCUUCCGCGAGCAGUCGAGCAGGUGGACGCCCCACGGCGCGGACACGUGUCCGCUGCACCUGCGGCCGCUGGAGCUGUACUGCGAGAAGGACGAGGAGCCCGUGUGCAGGGGCUGCGUCACCCUGCACAGCACGCACCGGCUGUGGGCGCUGCGGGACGGGGUGCAGAUGUGCCAGAAGGAGCUGGGCUUCAAGGUCCAGAUUUUCCAAAAGAAAGUGGAGUCGUACAAGAAGACGACGUACAAACUCAGCAACGCGAUCGAGUACAUCAAGUACCAAGCGGGGCAGGCGGAGCGGCAGAUCAGGGCGGAGUUCGAGAGGCUGCGCGGGGAGCUGGCCGCGGAGGAAGCCCGCCGCAUAAAAGCUCUGGCUGCCGAGGAGGAGGAGAAGAUCGCUGCCCUGCAGGAGCUGCUCCACAGCACCAACGACGACGUCGCUGCCAUCGCCAAGCUCAGCGAGGCGCUGCAGAGGGAGAUGGGCAACGAGGAUCUCGCUCUCCUGCGGAAUUUCCAGAAGCUAAAAAGAGAAGCCGAGUGGACGCGCGAAGAGCCUCGCCUGCCGGACCACUCUCUUUUGAACAUGGGCAAGCACGUUGGGGCUCUGAGCUUCAAGAUUUGGAAGAGCAUGCAGGACCACGUCAAAUCUAAUCCGGUGGUGUUGGACCCCAACACGGCCUCUCCGUGGCUGUCCCUCAGUGCCGACCUGUCCAGUGUGAUGGAGAGCGCCGAGCGGCUGGUUGUCCCCGACAACCCGGAGCGCUUCGACCCCUGCGUCUUCGUGCUGGGUGCCGAAGGUUACACCUCCGGGAAGCACAGAUGGGACGUCGUGGUCGGUGACAACCCCAAGUGGGUUGUGGGAGUUUGCAAAGAGUCGGUGCCCCGCAAGAGGAAGUUCACGGUGUCCACCACCCGCGGCGUGUGGUCCAUAGGACUUAGCAAAGGGGUGUACACCGUCUCAACGCCUGAGCGCACUGAGCUGCAGGUGCAGCAGCGUCCUGAAAGGAUACGCGUUAAGCUUGAUUUUGAUAAGGGAGAGGUGUCGUUCUGGGACGGGGGAACAGCGAAGCACCUUGCCACUUUAAAAUACAAAUUUGAUGAGAAGAUGUUUCCAAUUUUUGGCCCCGGGCUGUAUAGCACGCCGACGACUCUGGCGCCCGCAAAAAUAGCCGUUCACACCUCAUGAUGCGCCGAUAUACCGCAGAGGGGUUGUUGUUGAGGCGAGAUGGAAAAAAAUUUUGGGGAAGAUGGGACGAAUAUAGAUGAAUGUUGGUGUUAAAUGUCCCAUUACAUAUUAAAAAGUGGCUUUCUUUAUGCACAGGAAAUUGUAAAAAAAAACAACUAGACGUGCCUUAGGAGGUCGGAUGGACGUGUCCGUUGUCAUCAUUUUACAAUACGGGGCAAACUGAAUAAAAAGGAGCCUGGAAGCCUCGUUGAUGCUGCCGGCCAAAAAGUUUGAAAAGGUGACGAAAUAUAAAGAAAUUCAUAGAAUUCAUGGAAUGUGAAUUUAAUGAAUAUGGUUGCAGGGUUAUGAUAUGGUGUCAUACUAGUUGUGGUUUCUUAAAUACGUUACAGUACAGUUUCAGUUGAAUGAAAUGCAAGAAAGCCUUUAAUAUAAUCUUUCUUUUACAUGAUUUAGUUUAUUCUGCUCAAAUAAAGUGUGGAUUUGUUGGCUUCUAAUUGUAUUUGGUAAAUACAAUCCUACUACUGCUUUGAAAUCUUUUGACACUAUAUAUCUUAUGAUCAAUAAAACACAUUCAUCUGA